AUGGAAUCGGAGAUUAACAAAAUGCAAACGAAAAUGCCGUCAAAAAAUUUUUCUAUCGAAUCGAUAGUCGGUUUGAACGAUAGACGAUCGCCAGAUAUCGAUAUCGAGAAUACGAUAUCUCAAGAUUACCAAGGGAACGAGCAUUUAGAAGAUGAGGAUAUUAAAAUUAGGGAGGGGAAAAUGGGGUACUAUUUUCAACGGAAUAGGAUGCCGAAUUUUCCGUUUUUCAUGAGGGUUGGGGAGUUUCAGGAGGACCAGAGGUUGGUCCCUGAAGAUCUGAAGAGGGCUAGCCCGGGAAGUGUGAGGAGUGAGGUGGAUAGCGACGGGGUGGACGACCGACCGCACGAGUCGUUGAGUCCUCAAUCUGAGCAGAUGACCAACACUGGAUCCGUUCCCGACCCAAACAUAAGAAGGUACCGUACAGCCUUCACGCGGGAGCAGCUCGCGCGGCUCGAGAAAGAGUUCAUGAAGGAGAACUACGUAUCCAGGCCGCGCAGGUGCGAGCUGGCGGCCCAGCUGCAGCUUCCGGAGUCCACUAUUAAGGUGUGGUUUCAGAACCGCAGAAUGAAAGACAAGCGCCAACGUAUCGCCGUAGCGUGGCCUUACGCGGCGGUCUACAGCGACCCGGCCUUUGCCGCGUCCAUACUUCAAGCGGCAGCUUCCUCGGUGGGGUUACCUUACGGCUACCCCUCCCCGGCCUUAAUGCCGCCCUUCCACAACCCCCAGCUAUUACCAGCUGGAUAUCCCUAUCCUUAUCCAGCGUACCCUAGGUACCCAUACAUCUCACCCACUCCGCCAUCUUCUAUCACUUCGGAGUCAAAUUUAAGGCCAGCGUGUCCCAAUUAUAAUAUUAAUGUAGAUAAAUAA